GGUGGCCCGGCCACGACUUUGUGGCCUGGCCACACUUUGUGGCUUGGCCCGGCCAUGUAUAGUGGACACCCUUAACAUUUCUGAACUUUAUUAAUUAAUUGGAGAUUUGAUGACUUCUCUGCAUUUCAGUAUGUGAAGUUCAAGGGUGAGAUAUGGAAGGAAAAGCGCAAGUGUCCAGUAAUAUGUAUGCUGCUGAUCUCUCGUCGAUAAAAGCAGCUCAAGAUCGCAUCAGCUCUCACGCGCACAUAACUCCGGUCUUGUCCUCACACACUCUUGAUUCUCUCUCUGGAAGAAAGCUUUACUUCAAAUGUGAAUGUUUUCAGAAAGGUGGAGCUUUCAAAUUCAGAGGUGCCUGCAAUGCUGUAUUUUCUCUUACAGAUGAUGAGGCAGCUAGAGGUGUCAUAACACAUAGCAGUGGGAAUCAUGCUGCCGCACUUUCUCUGGCUGCAAAACUACGAGGAAUACCAGCACAUAUAGUCAUUCCCAAAAAUGCCCCAAAAUGCAAAGUUGAGAAUGUCGUUCGUUAUGGUGGUCAGGUUAUCUGGAGCGAGGCAACAAUGCAAUCUAGGGAGGAUGUCGCUGCGAAGGUAUUGAAGGAUACUGGUGCUGUUCUGAUUCAUCCAUAUAAUGAUGGCCGUAUCAUAAGUGGACAGGGAACCAUAUCUCUGGAGCUAUUGGAACAGAUUCCUCACAUCGACACCAUAAUAGUUCCAAUAAGUGGAGGUGGAUUGAUCUCAGGCGUGGCAUUAGCUGCCAAGUCAAUUAAUCCCUCGGUUCGAGUUCUGGCUGCUGAACCAAAGGGAGCAGACGAUGCAGCUCAAUCCAAAAAGGCAGGCACCAUAAUCACUCUACCGGAGACGAAGACCAUAGCUGAUGGCCUCCGAGCUUCUCUUGGAAGUUUCACGUGGCCUGUUGUCCGGGAUUUGGUGGAUGACAUCAUUGUUGUCGAGGAUAGAGAGAUCAUAGAAGCAAUGCGACUCUGUUAUGAGGUUCUUAAGGUUGCGGUGGAGCCAAGUGGAGCGAUCGGCCUUGCUGCGGUGCUAUCGGAGAGUUUCAGGAAUAAUCCCAGUUGGGAUGGCUGCAAGAAUGUGGGGAUUAUAGUUUCAGGAGGCAAUGUUGAUUUGGAUGUGAUGUGGAAAUCCUUGAACAAUGGAGUUUAAGUUGCAAGAGCCCUUCACCUCUUUCAUUUGGUUAGCUUGUGAUGAACUUGUGACAUGUAUUGCAUUGAUCGAGAUGCUUAAAAGGGAGGCUCUGGCUGUACCCGAAUGAAUGUUGGCUGAUCGAUUUCACUUUAGUAAGCAAUGAGUUGGGGUUCUUGAGAAUAA